ACCUGUCCAGGCUGAACAUCUUCCUCUCUCUCUAUUGCAUCCAAGUAAAAUACAGAAUAUCAGAUUGUUUCAAAGAGUUGCCCAUUAUGGUGCGUUUUUUAAUGUGGAAUGUAACAAACCAAUUUAGUGAAGCUCAAAUAAUACCCAACUUCUUGCUGAUGCAACUGUGGUCUUAAAAACAAAUCUCUGAUACCACAAAGAUACUACAGCCUGCUGGGCAACAACAGUCAGAGGGAGGAGUGAGAAUACGUGUGAGAGAAAGAACCCUCGGACACCAAGGUCAGGGAAGAAGAAAAGGGAGAAGGUGCUCCAGACGCCGGGACAGAGAGUGUCUCCUGCAGCCCGUGGUGAAGGCCAUGGUGAGGCAGCUGUAGCCCUGCAGCCCAUGAAGAUCCAAGGUGCAGCAGGGAUGGAGCUGCAGCCUGAGGAGGGCCCCACGCCAGGGCAGCCAUUUAAAGUUUUGGCAACUGACACUAUAACUGGAAAGGCAUUAGAGGCAGAUGUACACAAUGCAGUUCCUACUGAAAAGGUGGAUGGAACCUGCUGUUAUGUAACAACAUAUAAAGGACAACCCUACCUAUGGGCCAGGUUGGAUCGAAAACCCACCAAACAAGGUGAAAAAAGGUUUAAACGAUUCUUGUAUUCAUUGGAAGAUUGUAAAGAAUUUGUCUGGAAUAUUGAAGAGGAUUUCAAGCCUGUUCCAGAUACGUGGAUUCCAGCAAAGGACAUAGAGUUCUCUAAUGGCAAUCCUUUGCCUGAUGAAAAUGGACAUAUGCCAGGUUGGGUGCCCGUGGAGAAGAAUAGUAAGCAGUAUUGCUGGCACUCAUCUGUUGUAAAUUAUGAGGCAGGAAUAGCACUGGUAUUGAAACACCAUGCUGACCCAGGGCUUCUGGAAAUCAGUCCCGUGCCUUUAUCAGAAAUUUUAGAACAAACAUUGGAGCUUAUUGGGACUAAUAUCAAUGCAAAUCCAUAUGGAUUAGGAAGCAAGAAGCACCCUGUACAUCUUCUAGUCCCACAUGGAGCAUUUGAAAUAAAGAAUCCACCUGCUUUGAAGCAAAAUGACAUCCUGUCUUGGUUUGAAAGCUGCACGGAGGGUAAAGUUGAAGGAAUUGUGUGGCACUGCCAUGAUGGGUGUUUAAUCAAGCUCCAUCGCCAUCAUCUUGGUUUACCUUGGCCACUUGCAGAGACGUACCUGAAUUCUCAGCCCGUUGUAAUUUCUUUUAACAGAACUAAAUACGACUGUGACUUUGAACCAAAGAGUUUGUUUCACCAUUUUUCAGUGUUGGAUGGACAAAGAUUUGACAGACUCAAAGAUAUCAAGUUUGAUGCUUGAAAUGAUUUUUUUCUUUUAAGUUAAUUGUUGUAUGUCCUGCAUUUCUCUUACUUGUGUCUACCACAGAAUUCUUCAUGAAUAGUCUUCUAGCUUAGGCAACAGCCCAGGUACUACUGUAUCAUUUUAAGUUUAUCCUAAAUGACUAAUUUUAUAUAACAGAGAUCUACCUUCCAGCAUGUUUAUUUUAUGAAAAGUCCUUAAUUUUGAACCCAUUCCUGGAAACUGUUAGCAUUGAGUGUAGGAAGUAUGUUUUCUACUGCUGGCUGGUCCUAAAAGCUUUACUAAUUAAUGCAAUCUACUGGAAAAGUUACAUAGGUUGUGCUUCUACAAAUGUAAUUAUUAUGACACUAUUGUAUGUAGGUUUGAGACUUAGUAUCAAAUUUCUUAACAGUAGAAGGACAUAUUUCAGGUGGGACCAGAAUUAGUCCUAAAAUUUGACUUUUUUUUUUAAAGUUGUAAAAGUUUCUUACAUGGGAAAACUUCCUGGUAUCAUUUAACUGUAUAUCUGCAGCAUUAUACUAUUAUUUAAAAACCCAAUUAACCUAUAUCCUCCAGGCACUUGCACUAUUUUAGGACAAAGAGAGUAAAUAAUAAAUAAGCUAUUUUUAUUCUGGAGAGCCUAGUAAGUGGAGAGAGACAUGACUUGGUUUAGUAAUUCCCAUUUACAACUAUGUCUCAAUUAGGAAACUUCAUCAAAGGCAUAUUAAGAUAAGGUGUAUAAAAAUAAUAAAGGAGAGACUGAAUGAUCA